AUGUCUGACAAGAAUGAUCAAGGUCUCAGCAUUCGCUUGCCUGAGAACGAACCCGAGAGUCCGCAAAGCGCUCAGCGACCCCUCGAACACACAGAAGAAAAGCAGCUAUUCAUAUCUUCUCCCCCGCCGAUCACUUCAUCGCAGCUCAACAUGGCCUCCAUUCAGAAGGUGGAAAACAGCCCGCCGCUGUCCAUUCUGGCGUACUGCUUGUCCUCCAUUUCCAUGACCGUCGUCAAUAAAUACGUUGUUUCCGGAUCGUCAUGGAACCUUAAUCUGUUCUAUCUGGCUGUUCAGUCGAUUGUCUGUAUUGCCACCAUCGAAGCAUGCAAGCAGAUGGGUAUGAUCAAGAACCUGGCCCCCUUUGAUGUCAAUAAGGGCAAGAGAUGGUUUCCCGUGUCGCUGCUCCUCGUGGGUAUGAUUUAUACGUCUACCAAGGCUCUCCAGUUCCUGUCCGUCCCCGUGUACACCAUCUUCAAGAACUUGACCAUCAUCGUCAUUGCCUACGGUGAGGUCCUCUGGUUCGGUGGCAGCGUCACUCCUUUGGCUCUGCUCUCUUUCGGUCUCAUGGUUCUGUCUUCGGUCGUCGCUGCUUGGGCCGAUCUUGGCCACGCCAGCCAGACUGCCGAGGCCGCUGAAGCUCUGGCCACUCUCAACGCCGGAUAUGCUUGGAUGGGACUGAACGUUUUCUGCACUGCUUCGUACGUUCUGGGCAUGCGCAAGGUCAUUAAGAACAUGAACUUCAAGGACUGGGACACCAUGUUCUACAACAACCUGCUCACCAUCCCCGUCCUCCUCUUUGGCUCCCUUAUCGCCGAGGACUGGUCCAGCGCCAACUUCCAGAAGAACUUCCCCGUGGAGAGCCGUAACGCCCUGAUGAUUGGUAUGAUCUACUCUGGAAUGGCUGCCAUCUUCAUCUCGUACUGCUCCGCCUGGUGCAUUCGGGUUACCUCUUCGACCACAUACUCGAUGGUUGGCGCUCUGAACAAGCUCCCCAUUGCUGUGUCUGGUUUGAUCUUCUUCUCGGCUCCCGUGACUGUCGGUUCUGUCUCUGCCAUCUUCAUUGGUUUCGUCUCUGGUAUUGUGUACGCUUGGGCCAAGGUGCGCCAGUCGCAGGUCAGCAAGUCUGUCCUGCCCACCACGCAGCCUCCCAUGAGCGCCAGCUCUCAGAGCAGCAGAGAUGCCGUCAAGUCGUAA